AUGACCGGGGGUCAAAAAGCAAAAGUAGUAAUAGUAUCGUGGGUGGGCAGUGAAGACCGCCAAAUCCCAGAGCAGCCGGUAAUCUCUAAUCGCACGAUUACGAUGUUGACGUUACAAGCGACCUCGCAGUUCUGGGCAAUGAUUCUGGUCACUGUGCCUUGUCGUAGCGAUGCGGUGUAUCAUCCGGAUGUAAUGCGCGAGGGGGAGAAACUUGGAGACCGGAAUUGGUACGCCUUCAAUUCGGGCUCUCAAUCAAGGAAGAAGACUUAA